AUGCAGGACCAACGGAUUCAGCAGCACCAGCAGCGGCUGCUGCUGGAGCAGCCACAACCGCAGCAGCCACAUCUGCACCAGCAGCUACUGCAGCAGCAACCGCUGCAGCAGCAGCCGUUGCAGCAGCAGCCGCUGCAGCAGCCGCCACUGCAGCAGCAGCCGCUGCAGCAACAGCCACUGCAGCACUUGCAGCAACAGCCCUACAUGCAGCAUAUCCCCGCUCACACUCAUUACUCGCAGCAUGGGCAGCAGCAGCAGCAGCAGCAGAUACCGCCGCAGCCUCAAAGGCCUUUGGAGCUGCAGGACCAGCAGCUGCAGCACUCGCCUCUGCAGCAGCGGCAGCAGCAGCAGCAGCAGCAACGGAGACGGAGUCAGCUGCAGCAGCGCCCCUACGAAGGCUCAGCAGGAGGUGCUGCUGCAUCCUCGUUAGCGGCAGCACCAGCAGCAGCAGCAGCAGCAGCAAAGUCUCCGGCUGGGCAGCAGGCUGCUGCCCCGGUACGCACUAUGCACAGCAGCCCGCGGGAUCAGCAGCAGCAGCAGCAGCAGCAGCAGCAAAGUGCUUCCAGCUCUUUACGGCCAGUUUCUGCUUCUCAGGGGCCGGAAGCAGCAUUUGCGCAUGUUGCUGCAGCAGAUCCAGCAGCAGCAGCAGCAAUACUCCCCGGAGCUGCAGCAGCAGCAGUUUCCCCCGCAGCAGCAAUACCCCCCGCAGCAGCAGCAGCAGCAGUAGCAGGGCUAAACCCAGCAGCAGCAGCAGCAGCAGCAGGCCAGUUCAAGCCGCAGUGGCUGCCGAACUACGGAGUAGCAGCAGCAGCUGUUGCGGAUGCGCGGCAUGCUCUCGAGACUAUUGCGGGUGCAGCAGCAGUUGCUGCAGCACGCGCAGCAGCAGCAGCAGCAGCAGCAGGGGGUUCAGCAGCAGCGGGCAGUUCCUGCCCACCGCUGCCGCCGUCAAAGGCCCAGCAGCUGCAGCAGCUGCUGGAGGAGAUUGACUUGGCUGUUGCUGCAGUGCAGAGCCAGCAGCAGCAGCAGCAGCAACAGAUGUGGCUGCUGCUGCCGCAGAGGAACGUGACGAACAAGCUGGAAGAGCAGCAGCUGCAGCAGCAGCUUCAGCAGCAGCUUCAGCAGCAGCUGCAGCAGCUGCAGCAGCAGCAACAGCAGUUGCUGUCGCUCCGCUCCCUGGGGCAGACGAUCUUGGGGUGGGUCCCUGGGGCCUCUUUUUUGUCGACGGAGGAUGCAGCAGCAGCAGCAGCUGCUGCUGCUGCUACUACUGCAGCAGCAGCAGCAGCAGCUAAUAAGCUGCCGCAGACCCUCAGGCCCCCCGAUAUCUGUGUCUCACAGCUAUUUGCUGCCCCUGAUGACCUGCCGGGGGUCCCGGCGCUGCUGCAGCUGCUGCGCUACACCUUUCCUGCUGCUGAGAAGCAGCACAGGCUGUCUCUGUUGCUGCAGCAGCAAGAGCAGCUGCUGCAGCAGCUGCUGCAGGAGGAGCAAACGGCGAAGCAGCCCUCUGCCGCAUGCGCGGAGUCUGCAGCAGCAGCAGCAGCAGCAGCAGCAGAGUGCGAGAGCCCGCCUUUAGGACUUUCGGAUGGCCUUGCGGGCGCGUCGAUGUUUAGUGCAGCAGCAGCAGCAGCAGCAGCAGCAGACACAGCAGUAGCAGCAGCAAACGAUGGCGUGUCGCUGCCUGAGCCAGUUGUUGUGCCAGUCCCGCUGCAGCAGGGGCCCCCUGCUGCGGGCUGGCUGCAGGGGCCCCCGCAGCAGCUGCCGCUGCUGCUGCAGCUGCGAAGGCAGCGAGCACGGCCAAGGCCUAGGUUUAGGCUGCUGUCGCAGCGGACGCAGCAGCAGCAGCAGCGGCGGCUGCUGCGGUGGAAGCAGCAGCAGCAGCAGCAGCGGCUUCAGCAGCAGCCAGCAGCAAAGGACUGGAGAGCCCUCGAGGACCCCCUGCUGCUGCCUGCUGCAGUUCAUUUGCUGCCGCAGCACCGCCGCAUUUGUGUGCUGCGUUUAGACCUGCAUGCUGCUUGUGGCGCAGCAGCAGCUGCUGCGCUGCAGCGGCACCUGGAAACAGCACCGGCGGCAGCAGCAGCAGCAACGCCAGCUGCUGCUGCUGCUGCUGCUACGGAUGUGAGCCCUCCGAAGGCGCCGCAGCGCAGCGAAACAACUCAGGGACGGUCAAAGGCCGCAGCAGCAACAGCAGCAGCAGCAGCCAGUGCUGCUGCUGCUGCUGCUGUUGCUUCGUUUGAAGCAGAAGGAGCUGCUGCUGCGGGCGGAAGCAGCAGAAGCAGCCGCAGCGGCAGCAGCAGUAGCAGCAGCAGCUUGCUGCCAGCAGCAGAAGACGUCGUGUGGGACAUCUGCGACUCUGGUGUCGCACUGGAGGGCCUGGCAGCUAGCUGGCUAGCUGACCACAACAUCCCGUUGUCUGUGCAGCUAGCUGAGCAGAAGCAGCAGCAGCAGCAGCAGCAGCAACAGUCAGUGCAGAGUGCGCGUGCCCCAAGUCGCUUGACAGCCUGCAGCAGCAACAACAGCAGCUGCAACCGAAGAAACGCUGCUGCAGCAGCAGCAGCAGCAGAGGAUUCUGUUGGUUGCUGCACUGUGGACGUGCUGCAGAUGCUGCUCUCGAGCCUGCGGCAGCAGCUAGCUGCAGCACAAGAGCGGGAGGCAGAUUUCACGCUGCUGCUGCAGCUGCUGCAGCAGGCUGAGAAGCAGCAGCGGCUCGACGGACAGCGAACACAGCCGCAGCAGCAGCAGCAGCAGCACGUCGCAGCAGCAGCGUGUGAAGACUCGCGUUAUACAGCACAGAUUGGCAGCAGCGACAGCAGCAGCAGCAUGAACAGCAACAGCAACAGCAGCAACACCGGCAGGAGCCACAGCAGCAGCAACAGCAGCAGCAACAGCAGCAGCAGCAGCAGCAACAAUUGCUGCUCCAGUAGUGCUCACGAUUUAGGUGCUGCGGCAGCAAAUGCCACAGCGCCUGCAACCACCGACAAGAGGGAUGACGCGCAGCAGCAGCAGCAGCAGCAACAACAACAGCAGCAGCACGAGCAGCAGCCGCAACACGAGCAACGGGAGCAGCAGCACCACCAACAGCAGCAGCACUCGCACGAGCAGCAACACGAGCAGCAGCAGCACUCGCAGCAACACGAGCAGCAGCAGCAGCAGGAACACGAGCAACAGCAGCAGCAGCAGCUGCAGUGCGUGCUGGAGGUGACAGCAAACGACCCCAGCAGCGGCUGGCGGCUGCAGGACCGUUUGCUGUGGUCUUUAGAUGCUAGUGAUGCUGCUGUUUAUGCACAAGUGCAGCAGCUGAGUACGGAGCUGCUGCUGCCGCCGCGUCUUGCUGCUGCUUACUUUGCUGCGCUGCUGCAGCAGAUCAGCAGCAAGCGCCACGCUGCAGUGCUGCAGCACCGGCAGCAGCUCAAGGGGGCCCACCAGGCCUGGGGCCUGGCGCCGCCUUUCUGCUGCAGGGGCGCUGCAGCAGCAGAAGCAGCAGCAGCAGCAGAAGCAGCAGAAGAAGACGCUGCUGCUGCUGCUACUGCUGCUGCCACUACCAGUCCAAAAGCAGCAGCAACGGAGCAGCAUGCUUCGCUGGCUGCUGCUGCGGGCGCUGCUGCAGCGGAGGCUGCCGCAGCAGCAACGACCAACGGCUACCACUCCAGCAGCAGCAUCAGCAGCGUCGGCAGCAGCGUCGGCAGCAGCGUCUCAGCAGCAACCACGCGGCAGCAGCAGCAGCAGCAGCAGAAGUGGCAGCAGCAGCAGCACGACGGACAGGAGCAGCAACCAAGGCGCCGCAGCAGCAUGCUGCGCGGGUCUCUGGAGGGCUUGAGGACUCACAAGGGCCUUUUCGUCUACUGCCCAGAGAGCGCGGAGUCUCUUUUGUCUCCAUGGACAACUUUAGUUCGCCGCGUGGAGAGGACUUGCUGCAGCCGCCCGCGGCCGCUGCUGCUGCGCUGCAGCAGCAGCAGCAGCAGCAGCAGCAGCGAGAGCAGCAGCGAGAGCAGCAGCGGCAGCGACAGCAGCAGCAGCAAUGAGAGCGAACCGGAGGCAAGCCUUCCGUGCUGCGGGCUUCGCAAAGCCGCUGCUCUCAGGGGCCACCGGCGCCGCAGCAGCAGCAGCAGCAGCAGCAGCAGCAGCAGCAGCAGCCCCAGCAGCAGCAGCAAUGCAGUCACAUUGCGGAGACCGGAAGAGACCUCUUCUCGCCUCAUUGCAUCUUGGUGUGCUGCUUCUGCUGCUAAACGGCGGCUUGCUGCUGCAGAUGCUGUGGCUCAGUGGGUGUGGCAGGCUGGAGGCAGCAGAGGAGCAGCAGCUGCUGCUGCAGCCGCUGCUGCUGCUGCAGCGACGAGAAAGCGAGUUGUAAGGGUUCCGCCUGCUGCCGAGUCUUCUGACGCAGCAGCAGACGGGCCCGAACACUGCAACAUUCCGUUACAGCUGCUGCAGCAGCAGCAACAGCAGCAGCAGCAGCAGCAGCAGCAACAGCAGCAGCAGCAGCAGCAAUGGGGCCCCACACUUACCUGGACCCCGGGGGCGCAGCAGUGGCACAGGCGACUUCCCCCACCCAAACGGAAGAAGCGCUAG